AUGCGACAGUGGCUUCAGCAAAGCCUUUCCCAAUUUGACACCGACGACUUUGACGUACACGUCGCGCGCAGCAACCUGGGAGCGGCCACGGCUGUUAGUAUUCUUGACUAUGCGAACUACGGGACAGGCGAAGCCGCCAUUGUCAAAGCCCAGGAUUAUCCAGCAUACAUCCCGUACAUCCCGAAGAGACUGCAAGUGGUAAGCUCGAUGAUCAAGAAGCUGGCAGGGUAUAUCUAUUAUCCCCUCGCUUCAAUGAUCAAGUUUUCCGUGGUCGCUCUGGUCGCAGAUCCCGAGUUCCAAAGGGAAUUUGACUAUAUAAUAAGGGAUCACCCUGCGGUGAUUCGGGUGCCCGUUACCUUCGCCUUGAAUAUGGUCUGGUCAUAUGCCAAGGUUUUCCAAGAUAUGUGCCUGUCAUUUUUCCUUUUUGGGGGUCGAGACAAUGUGAAGCGGCUCUGGGAUGAAACGAAGGGGAUGACCAUCAGCAUCAAGAAGAGCCGAUACAUCGUCCAAAGCCUGGAUGGGACGUUUACGGCAUUCCGGCACGACGAGGCUGACGGCGGAUUCAAGGUGUACUUCUACCUCGGGGAGCACAAGACCGAGCCGGAGGGAACGAAGCAGCUCCGAUACGUCAACACUUACUCGAAGGAGAUCCUGCUCCAUGUCCGGCAAGAGUUCAAGGACGGUAAGGUGCUCAACGAGUAUCACUACGACUACCGCGCCCCCACAAAAAAGAACUUCACUCUCUCGAAGACCGCGGAAACCAAGAUUCCGAUGGGCCGGCGCUGUAUUCGGGGGCAGAAUUAUCUUCAAAGCAUCCAGUAUAACCGCAAAGGUCUUGUCGAGGCCGGAUCCUACAUGAAAGACGGGAACCUUGUUCGUUUCAAGUACCACUAUCGUAAGAACCCUCGAUUUGGCGAUGAGCUACUCCGGGCAGAGUUUGCCCUUUCAUAUAUCACUUGCACGGUGUCUUGGUGUGCCCCUCCCCUUCGCCAUGCCCAAAAGGCGGAGCGCUGGAUCCCUCAUUCCAAGGUCACAGAGGCAACGUUUGUUCAGGGUGCCGACGUGUACGAGGCUCGGUGGCUGUAUGACCACAAAUUCCACCCCAUGAUAUUCACGACACUCAAUGGACAAACGGUCCAGACGCCACCGAUGAUUGAACACGACUAUUUGGGCGUCCUGGCUAAGCCCCGGCAUACAAGCUUUGUGCAUGACAACGCUCUAAUCUACUGUGAAAGUCUGACCUCCAAUGUUUUCACUCGGGCCUUGGGACUAACGACCAAACGCUUCCCGGUAUCCACCUCUCGAGCACGUUCAUUGAUCUGGAAGGCUUGGAAGGAGCGCGCGGACUUCGAUGGGAUCAUUGUGCGGUGGAUGGAUGAACGACUAUUGCGCAGAGACAAAACCCUGGUGCCUUACUGGCGCUGCCGCGAUCGUGGAGACCUGGCGGGGGCGAAGAAGUACCUGGACCUCCGGGCAGACACGAUUACCGCCAGCGCGGACCUGGAUGAUGACAUCUCCAGCUGGACGCCGCUUGCCGUGAAAAUGAGUGACCUGUUCAACUUCGGGCCGGGAGGGGAUGCAGUGGUCAACACCAGAUCCAAGGACUUUGGAUCCGACACGGAGAAAUCGCUGCAUGUUAUGGCCGCCGAUACGGGCACGUGGCCCAACGAAGGAGGCGGCGUGUCUGCCUGCCGACGUGAUAUGAUCAACUCGCUGCGGUCCAUCAAGUGGCAUAUGAUCUGCGAGUCUGCAAAUGAUUUCGGCGUGCCCAAGCAUCAAACCGAGCAAAACAUUCUGUCGUUGAAAGUGAUCCCUCUUUGGGGAUUAGACUUCCUGACCCCGACGCAUGGUCUCUUCAGGAACAAGCUGGACGCGGAAGUCGAAAACGUCACCUCCGCUAGCGACACGGACAUCAAACUCAACUUCAUCCCGAUUCUAACGGCGCUGGUCAAGGGGGCUCGCUCGGUCGACCUCUCCAAAGCGGAUAUCCACCAGGCGACCCGGGCCCUGGUCAACCUCAACACUUACUUCCAGGAUUCGCGACACUGGACCCAGGUGUGGAAUAGUGACAUUGUCAAAGAGAGCUGGCGUGACUUGUGGCUUACUCAAGAGAUGCCGAAUGCCACCCCGUCGUCGCAAUGGUUCCGGACGGAGCUUCCCACGUUGGCAACCCUCGACGUAGCUUUGGAGCUGUGGUACCGGUACCUGUUUAUAUUCUCCAUCCCAAUCCCAGAAAAGAUCCCCAGCGUGUUCCAGGCGUCUCACCACAGCGUAAGUGCGUCCUAUGGGGUCGUCUGCAAAAUGAAGAGAAACUGCACCCUACAGAUUUGGGAUCAUGCCAUCAGCUGGCGUGAAACUAAUCUCUGUCUUUCAUCCGCACUUUGCAAGCUGUCGCCUUUCGUUCGCAAUUCGUUGCUGGGGCUGAUGCGCAUUACCUCGGCCCUUACCUUACACCACGCUGAUAUCAUCCUUCCCUGCGCCGAUUUCUUCAAUCCCGGCUGGGAGGCCGAGAUCGGUACAUGCCAAGGGACCAUCGAGCAUCGCAACGUGUUCCGCCGCAAAGUCGAUCCGGUCGUCAAUGGCAUCACGGACAUGCAAAAGUUCGCGCCGGUGAAGGAGAUCAAAUCUGAGCGGCCUACGGUCACCAUGCUGUCUCAUGUCUGGUAUGCUAAGGACAUCAAGACCGCCCUUCUCGCUGCCGACAUCAUUAUCAACCAGUGGAGGUUCGACGAUUACCACCUGGACAUCUACGGAGCCAUUGACAAGGCCCCGACGUACUCCACGGAAUGUCAAGAGAUCAUUGCCUCCAAGGGUCUCCGUGGAAGGGUGACACUCCGCGGGUCUGCCGACCCGAUGAAGGUUCUGGAAAACACCUGGCUCUUCCUUAACUCGUCAUUGUCCGAGGGGUUGCCAUUGGCGUUGGGCGAAGCAGCGCUGACGGGCGCUCCGGUAGUCUGUACCGACGUGGGCGCCUCCCUGCGUGUUCUGAGUGACCCUGACAAUUUCUCGCGAUUCAGUGCGGUGGUAGCGCCCAAUGAUGCCCUCGCUCUUGCGAAGGCCCAGAUUUCCAUGCUUGGCAUGCUGGGCGAAUGGAGCCAACACGCUGAGGACACGGAGCCCGCGCCUGUGCUCACCUCGUCUCCCACUCCGGAAGACGUCGCCAGGAUCACGCGCCGCAUGUAUGAGAAGAGUGACCACCGCCGGAAACUCGGCAUGAUGACGCGCAAUAUCGUGCAGAAGUCAUUUAGUGGUGAUCGCUACCUCCGCGAGCACGAACAGAUGCUCUGGAUUGGCAAGUCGGCCAAGAUCAUGGCCACCCGCAAUGGUGCCACUAUCAGCGAGCCGAUUGACAUCGCCACCGCCCUGCAACAAGUUCUUCCCAUUGAGGAAGAGGUGAUCACCAUCCCUCGCAGUGCCGUCAAUUCCUGGCGUUCAUCGGCGGCGUCGGGCAUGUCAACUCUAUACAGCACGAUUUCCAAUUUGCGCACCUUAAAUGGCGACCGGCGAGCUAUGUCCGUUCGUUCCGGUCUGAGUAACGUCUCGACCGAUACCGAUUCGUUCUUGCCGCUCCCCAGCAGUGCUUCUCUUCCAGUGUUCGCACCUCGGCAGGCAUUGCCCGGUGCACCGGGGUACGUGUCCCCAUCAGGGCGCAUGUCACCAUCGGGGCGUCUAUCGCCAUCAGGCCAGCUUUCUCCUGUGCCUCGUCGCAGUGGACAGCAUUCUCACAAUCAUUCUCUCUCCACCGGGGGUCGGGAGCAGCUGCGCGGCCUCGGGCGCGAAGAUAUACACCCUUACAGGAACUCGGAUGUCAGUACGAUCAUGAGGGAUGAGUUCCUCCAGUCUAGCAUUUACAAGGGAAUUGAGGGCAACAAUAAUGCCUAA